UUUCUCUCUUCUCUCAAACAAAUCCGCCAUGGCCAAGCUCGGCAAGCUCACAAAACUCAAAUCCGCCAUCAAGCGCUGGCCCUCCAUCUCCAAGCUCGCCCGCUCCGCCCCCGCCUCCGCCUCCGCCUCCGUCUCCUCCGCCGCCCACCUCCACCCGGUCCUCGUCGGCAGGUCCCGCCGCCGCUACCUCGUCGGCUCCGACGUCGUCGACCACCCGCUCUUCCGUGAGCUGGUUGACAAGUCGUCCGGGGAAUCCGACGACAUGGAGCAGGGGCAGGGGCUUGUCGUCUCCUGCGAGGUGGUGCUGUUCGAGCACUUGUUGUGGAUGCUAGAAAAUGCCGCCACUCAGCUGGGCUCCGCCGACGAGCUCGUCGAAUUCUACACAACUUGAAUAAUUCUACGCCUUUCUUGUGGUAGAUACUCUGUUACAAAAAUUCAAUUAACCCAUUUCAUUGAUAUAAUUUUAGUUUUAAUUUUACUCUCUGCGCUGCGCUACUGCGGAUGCUCUUGGAAACGGAAACCAACUUGAUUUCCAUUUUAAUUCCCCCCUUUCUUUCUCUGGGUUUUUUCUUGUUCGUUCUAUUUUCCGGGAAAGUUUGUAUUUGAUCUCGGAAAAUGAGCUGGUCUUGAAGUGGAAGAGUGAAUUGCAAUGCCAGACGCGCCUCAACUUGGAGGAAAAAAACAGAGCUUACAGUCACAGACAGCCAACUCUUUUUAAUUUUCUCGCCAACCAAACAGUAUCUGUGUGUGUGUGUGUUUUUUAGAGAGAGAAACAUCAGAUUAAUUGGCAAUGGAAAUUGGCAAUACAUUUUGUGUUUAUAUUCUUUACAAACAUAAAUAAAAUGGAUUGGGACUCGGACUGUAUCUGUCAGUUCGUGUUUGAGUA